CAACUGCAUGAGAGGAAUUGAGACCUUUAAGUGCACAUAAGAGAGGAUAACUGAUAAAGGACUAGUAAGGACAAAAGAAUACUUCAGUGUAAGUACUUAAACCUAUUGUAGUACAGUCCUAAACCCCGUUAAUACAGACACUGUUGGCACCAUCGAAUUAUGUGACGAGGUAUUAAAAACAAAAAUCACGAAACAAGAAUGGCUUCGCAGCUGAGCGGUUUUGGUUUCUUGGGCAUAGAGUAAAGUCGGCGCCGUUUCGACCAUCCAAACUAAAUACCCGGCAGUCUGCUUUAUUUCUUGCUUUUACGUUUAUUGAACCCAUUUUAUCCGCUUGGCUACUCUGAGGAUCGAUGAAAUUCCCAAGGCAAACCUUGCCAGUGAGCAACAUAGGCAAAAAUGUUAGUAAUGAAAACUGAGUGACACCCAACCUCUGUUUAAGGAACUCUGUAGUUUCUCGUCACUCACCAAUUCUAAACCAUGAUAGAAAAUUUUGAGGAAAAUUCGUAUAAAUUUUGCAAAAUUAGGGGAACGUCUUCCCAAGAUUUAGUAGCACUACCUGCGGCUCGAGGUUGCGAAACAAAGUUUCAAAACCAUUUUGGGAAACUAAUCGAGGAUAGUAUGUAUGUAUCCUGGACCUGAAGAGAAGGCUUUUUAUCUUUCCAGUCCCGCUUUAUUAUUAAUCUGAAUGGUUCCCGUCAGUCACGCAUUGCUACUCACGAAACAGUGUCGACAGGUGUGUCGAAAAAGCGUCGACUCUUCUAUGCCAGCGUUCUUUAAAACUCUCAUGGACUGUGUCCGUUAAGUUUCACCAAUAUAUUGCCGAAAUAUUGCCUUUAAAUAAAUCAGCCCUUUGCUGUAUGACGCCUGCCUUGCAUUGAGUUUUGUUCUAAUUCCCACGUCAAGUGACGUCUGGCAUUUGCAUUUCUCGCAAGAAAGAACCAGUCGAUUUUAAAUACGCUUUGAGUGGAACUCUGCAUUCAAAGGUGUUUACUAAAUAAAUACUGUCGCACAGAUCAGUUAUCUGUUGAGUUUUCCGACCUAAAAACUGAAAAUGAAGGGGGGAAAUAUAACAAGAAUUCAAGGCUUUCAACGCUUUUAUAGAAAGGAAUUAACCAAAUGAUAUGCGAUAUAGAUAUAUAGAUUUAAAUUACCAAUACUUUGCAGCCCGAAGGCUGAAUUACGUAUUUACAAAUUAUGGAAUUGAGAAAUUGUGUAUAUAAAACUAAGUACAGUAAAUAUAAAAGUAUAAAAAAUAUGAUAAAAGGCCGGUUUCGAGGUAAAACCAGGUAUUUAGAGAAAAAACUGUAAAAAAGACUGUUAAAAUGCAAGGUUUUUACCUAAAAGAGCCCCUUUUUUCUAAAACAAAAAAACAAAAAAAGAAGCAAUACUUCUGCAAGCGUGUUACCGUAAAAAGACAGCUUUUUAACGCGGACCGUUUCUUUAUGUAACAAUGGCCGUUUUUAUACUAGAGGACGCAUUAUCCGUCCAGACGGAUAAUGCGUCUCUUGUGGUAUGCGUCUAGUGUAAAGACGGGACGAAUAACAAGACGAACUACGAAAGACGAACGAGAUAUUCCGCGAGGCGAAAAAAAAAAGAAUGGGCACUAGUGUGCCUUGUUUGGCGGUAAAAUUUUAAGAUGGCGGCCGCGCCUGAACUUCUCAAAUUUUUUUCCCGUAAGAGAAAGGCAGAACAAGAGUUUUUAGGUGACCAAUAUAGGUUAAAGGAAGAAAUGGCAAAGAAACGUUUUCGUAGGGAGAUGGAGUUCGAAACUGAAGCUUCACAGCCCGCUGUUAUGUCAGCAAUCGUGAUUACAAAAAGCGACAGAAACGAGCGUGGUCCUGAUGAGUUGAGGAACGGAAAUUGGUGGUCAGACGGAUAUCAAAACUGGGAUGAAGAAUCUUUCAAGAAAAGGUUAAGGGUGUCUCGAGACACUUUUGAAUUUAUUCUAAGCGAAAUUAAAGACCUUAUCGUGAAGGAGCCCACUCGCAUGAAGCCUCACCCUACUCCGCCCGCUACCCAGUUGGCUUUAUGUCUAUACAGACUAGCACACGGGUGCACGUUUUUGACCGUUGGAGAUCUCUUUGGGGUUGCAGAAUCAACUGCUCACAUCAUUUUCCAAGACGUUUGUAAGGCCGUUGUGGGAUGUUUGUAUGACAGAUUCGUUUACCUACCAAGAAAUCUACAAGAGUGGAGUCAAGAACUGGAAAAUUUUCUGGGAAAUUGGGAGUUUCCUUGUGUUGGGGCGUGGGAUGAGUUUCAAGUUUACGUAAGCACUAAACUUAAGAACUUUUACAGUUACAAGAAGAGGUAUUCAGUUACAAACAUGGGAUUCAUUGGUUAUAACAAGCGUUUUAUGUGGGCUGCAGUGGGCUCCCCAGGAUCCACACAUGACUCUAGGCUUUUAAGAAGUUGUGGUAUUUAUUCUGACAUCGAAUCUGGUCACGUGCUUCCUAACAGGUCUUUGAAUCUUGACCCUCAUGGGGAGAUUCCGUUUACCACUGUGGGUGAUUCAGCCUUUCCCAACCAUUCCUGGCUUCUAAAACCAUACAAAGAUGGGACAAGGGUACCUAAGCAAAGGUAUUUUAACAGGAGACUUUGCUCUGCAAGGGUAGUUUCUGAACAUGCUUAUGGAAUGUUAAAGGGGCGGUGGAGAAUUCUCUACAAAAAGACAGAAUGUCAUUUAGACAACAUUUCCCUCAUCAUCAUGACCUGCAUUGCUCUCCAUAAUCUUUGCAUCCACCGAAGUGAUCCCUGUAACCCCAGGUGGAGACUUCAGGUCAAUGAACUCAAUCUGAUUCGAAAUGGAGAUGCCCAAGCUGAUGAUGGAAAUACAACAAGAGAAGCCGUUGCCAAUUGGUUGUGGGAUAUCAGAGAGGAAAGAAAUGCAGCCCCUUGAUUUUGUAUUCAAAUUAAUAACAAAGGCAAAAACUGAGAAACUGAACUUUACUUGAUCCUUAGGAGAUUUGAUGGAAAACAGGUUUUGUUGCAUGUAAAUAGAUUCAAAUUUGAUAUUCAAAAUAUUUUUCAGACAUUUUCCCUUCACAAUAGAUUUAGGAAAUAAUAUUUGUUGAUACAUUAAGUAUGAACCAGAAGUUUUGCUUUCCUUUCAUCCAUUAGUGUAAAAAUUACUGCUAUUUCAAGUUAUUUUAAGUAAUCUGGAAGUAAAAUACUCUAUGCUAAAGCAACCAAACAACCGGAUAAACUGGUAAAAAGGGGGGAGUAGGACAAAAGCAUAGGGAGGGGGGUCAGGUUUAUUUUUUUAUAUGAAAGGGGAUGGAUUAUUCUUGAAGGCAGUAUAAAAUGACAUGUAUUAAGGCAAAAAUAGGAGGACAAACGAUCAACAACAACAAAAAUGAACAUGAAGUUCUUAUAUCAACUAAACAAAAACAGCACAAAAGAAAUACUUAACUGUCAUUCUCAAAAACCGAGGUUGGUUAAAAGCUUGAGACUGCUUAACAGUCUGAUAUGAAUUAUUGGCUGGAAAUACCAUGAUGAAAGACUUGAACUGGUAUUUUUACCUACUUGACAUAAGUUUUUACAUCAUUUCAAGUCUUUCAAUGCUAUUUUCAACCAAUUCAUGACAGUCCAAAGCAAAAAAGCCUUGGUUUCAAAGAAUAACAAGUAUUUUUGCUGCUGUUUUCUUGUUUAUUUGUUGUUGGAACUUCUUGUUUACCUCAUCCUCAUAGAGGGUAUACUGGGGCGGGGGGGGAGUCAGCCUAAAAAAUAACAUUUAUUUGAAGGGGUGAGUCAAAAAGUAAAUGAAAAAUUUUCAGGGGUGGGUCAAGAAUAAAACUUAUUGCUUAAAAAAAAUUCCCUCCCCCACCCUUCACAUAAAUAAUGACCAGUCCCUAACCAAUAUAUCCAAUUCUAUAGAAGUGUUAUAAAGUUGUAGUUCCGUUAAACUUUGUAGCAAUGGUUUGUUUCAAUUACAGAACAGUAAUGAUGUUAGUGUCUGGAUCACUGGUUACAUUUUGGUACCUUUAUCACAACUGACAAUAAAUGGAUUACAAGUAAACACAACUGCCUGUAAUAACAUGUCUGAGGUUUCAAAACGCAAGAGGGAAGCUCAUGCCCCCUUAAAUUCACAGUAUUGCUCAAUAAAGGUAAGUGUGAUAGAGGACCCUGUCUAUAGAAAAGAAAAGUCCACCACCAACUCCUCCAUAACCAUGAGUCCCCCACCCUUAAUGGUAACUCUUGCUAAUACCAACGCAUGGAUCUUUGAUCAUUCUGGCUAUCCAUGUCUAAAAUGUGGCUAUCUUGGCUACCACUUGCCACUUGAUUAGUUGGAGGGGUAUGGCUAUAUGGCAUUGAAUUGUAAUAAGGUACAAGCGGCUGCACAGGUAUUGUUUGUUGUUGGAGAUGCUGCUGUGCUCCUUGGGGUGGAGGAUUUGAAUAUUUCAUGAUGAUUUCAAGCAUCUUUAGCUCAUGCUGCCUAUUCAAUUCGGCUUGCUCUUUCUGAAAAGCAAGAAAUUCAGCAUGCCUUUCUUUGUCUGCUUCCAUCAUCUUUUCACAACGCUUUUGCUGUGAUUCUCCAAGUGCGUGAAAACUCUUUGCGAUCUCAUUUAUGGCCUGGGACUGACUUCUUACUCGUUUUUUACGACCUAAUGGUUUUACGUCCAAUGAAUUUUUUAAAACUUUCCUUUUAACACCUUCGGUUCCACUCUCACUUGCUGAGGUUAACUCUUCCUCACCAUCAUCUUCCUGAUAACUGCUAUGACUUGUUUCUAACUGCUCUUCGUCACUGUCUGUGUCUGAAUUCUCAUGAGACAAAACAUCUCUUGCUUUGGAAGCAAUUUCCAGGUUACCGUGGGUGUCCGAAAAAAUUGGAUUUAUGAUUUUGUACCACUCAGGCUCUUCAAUUGGUGACUUACCACUACCUUUCUUGAUGCGAUCCGUGUAUUUACGCCAUUGAUCUUUUAUCCACUUAAAUUUCACUCGAAGCUUUUCAACAUCAAUUCUCAGAUGAGUUAAAGCCUUUUUCGAUUUAGACUGACGAUGUUCUCUGUCAUUUUCUUCUUUAAAUUCUUCGGAGGAUAUGCGCUCCUCAAAGGCUUUCUUUAUAUCCUCGAAGACAGGUUUGUUUGCAGUCUUCUUCAACGCAAGCGUGUCCAGUUUGUAAGCAAACUCGUUUGUUUCGUCUGCAAGAACAAGGGCGAAGUACUUGAGCUCUGUUUCUGUCCAUGGUCGACUUCGCUCUUUUGCACUUGACUCCGCCAUGUUGUUUUCUUGGGCGGAUAACCGCUGGCUUUUUUCCAACACGGUCUCAUUUCUUAACGUUAUUCGUCCGUUGCCCGUCUUUACACACAAAGACGCAUUAUGCGUCCAGACGAACUACCUUUCGAAGUGCGUCGUUCAAGACGCAUUUCAAAUGAAAGUUCGUCUAGACGUAUAAUGCGUCUUGUGCCCGUCUUUACACUAGAGACGCAUAACCGGACGAACUACAAAUGUUUGCCCAAGUUCGUCCAGACGGAUAAUGCGUCUCUAGUAUAAAAACGGCCAAUGUGACUGUUAAAUGAAGUCGCAAACUCUUCUUUAUAUACCGUAAAUGAUCGAUUAAGCGCCGCGACGCUUAUUUCAAUUUCCUUGUUUUAUUAGGUGCGGCGCUUAUGCAAGAGCGGCGUUUAUUCGACAGCGGCGCUUAUUUAAACUACGGGUAAAUCACUGAGGGGAAUAUAGAGAGAACUAGAGAGGCGCGUACUUGGUAUGCACGAUUUAAUAUAAAUUAUGAACCCGUUUUCAAGAGUUUCCCUACAUUAAAACUUUAGAACUCACGAGUUGGUCGAGGUCUUAUUUCUCAAGCCAUAUGAUUUUGAUAUCUCUUUAUAUCAAGCGCUGUAACAAAAUUUAAAGGUGGUGCGUCAAUUUGUAAAUACCCAAAUUAGCGCUGCGACGCUUAGUAAAUUAUUUUCGGUGAAAGUGCGGCGCUUCUUCAAGUAGCGGCGCUUAAUCGAUCAUUUACGGUAAGUGUAGAGUGAAGACGUUUCGUCAACCGUUUUUGGUCAUUUGACUGCUAGCACGGCAUGAUAAAGAAGCACUAAUCUGGAAAAAUGCCAUGUAUUUCUUUAUUUUUUUAUUUCAGUCUAUCUUAUCAUUUGACAGGACCAGGAGCCUGACAGGACAAAUGGCUAAACCGGAGGACAGUGGCCUAUAUACAGGAUCAUUACUUACCUUGAAUGCCAGCUCAUCAGAUGAAUAUGUUAAGGGUAUUUAUGACGAAUGGGCUGAAAAAUAUGACAAGGUACUGCCGCUGUCAGUGAUAUUCCACAUUUCAGAAACUAUAAGGGCAAUGGGUAAAAUAGACUGCAAAACAGUUCGUAUUUUUGCGUAUUCAAGUACGCGCGAGCAGUCAAACAAAAGAUCUGCAACGAGGCUGAAAACAGAGAGCGAGACUGGGGAGAGACGCUAUUUUUUCUCUCGCCUAACACGCCCAACUCGCGCGCUUCCCGCGCGUAAGACUCUUACUCCACGCUUUACCGAUUUCUUUACUGGUUUUGAGAAAAAAACCGACUGUUUUGUAGUCUAUGGGUACAAGCUUUUGGCGUAGCGAUUUCUGGGGUCGUUUGUGUGGACAAACGUUAAUUACUUAUGAUUGGUUAAUGGUUGCCUUGAAUACCAUCGACCGAUCAUAAGUAACGCUUGUCCAACCAAACGAUCUCGGAAGUUACUACUCCCAAAGUUUGUAUUCAUUCUCCCUAUAUAUAGCCUGUUCCUGGCUCCAGGAUAGUCGGGUCCGUUAAAUUGAGGAAGCGUGAACACGAAAAUAUAACCUUUACGCCGACUAUUCGCGUGCAUUCCCCACUAUCUGAGAGCGUGGAACAGGCGAUUCUCCCUAGAGUCUGCAGUGGGAAAUUAACCGCUGCUUUGAGAUCUCCGACAGUAACAAAAACAUCUCAUUUUGUGCCGAUGUAUUCCACAAGCUUUCUCUUUCUGUAUAUUUUCUUUGCUUCGUUCCUCUAUUUUGAAUUGUUUUAUUUUUCAAUACACACGUGCAUUCAAGUGCACGGGCUAAUUUGAUCAACUAGAAUAGAGAAAUAAUGAAUGAUUACAGGGUGUGCUUAUGGCUUAGUCAAUUCCUAGCGUACCCAUCAACUCCCUCGCCCCCCCCCCCCGCUUCCGACAGCUGUUAAGUGUUGUGUUCUCACUGUGAGGCAUUUGGCAUCAAAGGGGUACCCUGGGGUGAGCAACAUGUCAUUUUCCACUUUCUAAAAGAACGAGUUGACAAUUUCUCUUCAGAUUCUUCGCAAAGCUUCGCAAACUGGCUCCCACGGCCUUUUUAACUUGUUCACGGGCCUUUGCAAAAUCCGCGAAAUUCAGGGAAUUAACUCCCACGAAGUUUGAUGCCACACGUAUCUCUUUUUUCAUCAGGUUACAGGAGAGGCUGGUUACGUAGCUUACAAGACAUGCACUCCAAUCUUUGACCAACUCCUGCGAGACAAAUUUGACAGCAAACACUCAGAGCUGCGAAUCAUUGAUGCGGGAGCUGGGACAGGGAUUGUGGGAAAGGUCCUACAGGAUCUCGGCUACACCAACAUCGACGCCCUCGACAUCUCGCAGAAGAUGUUAGACGAAGCAAAGAAGUUGAAUGUGUACAAGAAUUUCUUUUGUGCGCCGCUUAGUGAGGAUCCUGUAGCGGAAAUCGCAAAUGAUCAGUACGAUGCUCUGAUCUGUAUUGGUACCCUUACAGUUGGUCACGUUAAGCCAAGUGCUUUCGAUGAGAUUUUGCGCAUUGUGAAAUCUGGU